AUGGAUUCAGCAGAGACGGUCGUCAGCGAGACCUCCAAACCGGAGGUCGCCAUCCUCUUUUUUGGGGUGGCGCUCAUUCUUGGGGCGCUGUGCAAACAGGUGUUUGCGCGCACGCCGGUUCCGUACACCGUUGCUCUGCUGAUGAUCGGCAUUAUAUUGGGAGCCCUUGAUCAAAAGCUACACAACGGCCUGCGCACGCUGGGAGAGAGUAUCCAGAUAUGGGCCAAUAUCGAGCCUGGUCUGAUCCUGUUCAUCUUUCUUCCGGCGCUCCUCUUUGAGAGCUCAAUGUCUAUGGAGAUUCAUCAAGUCAGGAAAUGCCUGUUGCAAAUGUCGCUGCUCGCCGGACCCGGGGUGCUUGUCAACACCGUCCUCUUGGGGGCUGCUCUCAAGUACGCGUUUCCCUACUCGUGGAGCUGGAGCCUGUCCCUCACCCUGGGCGGCCUUCUGAGCGCCACCGAUCCGGUGGCUGUGGUUGCUCUCCUAAAAGAACUAGGCGCGAGCAAGAAACUUAAUACCAUCAUCGAGGGAGAGUCGCUCAUGAACGACGGAACCGGCAUUGUCGUCUUCCGCCUCUUCUACCGGAUCGUCUUUGGCAGCAAGUUCAACUUUCUGAACACGAUCGUCUACUUCCUGCGGGUCUCUUUUGGCGGGGUAGCGAUGGGCAUUGGGUUCGGCCUGGCCGCCAUUUUCUGGCUGGGGUUCGUUUUCAACGACACGCUCAUCGAGAUCACGAUCACCCUCUCGGCGGCUUACAUGGUCUACUUCGUCUCCGAAGAGAAGGCGGCCGUGUCUGGCGUCAUUGGCGUCAUGUUUCUCGGAGUCUUCUUCGCCGCUUUUGGCAACACGGCGUUCACGGGGGAGAACAAGAAGAGCCUGCACUACUUCUGGGAGAUGGUCGGCUACAUGGCCAACACUCUCAUCUUCAUUCUGGCCGGCGUCAUCAUUGCUGAGGUCAUCCUGCGCAAUACGGGGAGCAUCGACGCGCGCGACUGGGCGUACCUGCUCGUGCUGUACGUCUUCGUCCAAUUAGCCCGGGUUGUCGUCGUCGGGUUAUCCUACCCGCUCCUCAAGUACCUGGGUUACGGGAUCGACUGGAAAGAGGCAACGGUGAUGACGUGGGCAGGAUUACGUGGCGCCGUGGCGCUUACUCUUGCUUUGACUGUGGAGAGAGACCAGGAAUCUCACAUCGACGCAAACGGAGUCGACCACUCCGUCUCGCCGAAGAACCGCGCCAGAUUUGUGUUCCUGACCGGCGGAGUGGUUUUCUUAACCCUGGUCGUCAACGGCAGCACGACCAAGCGGCUGCUCAGCUUCCUGGGCAUGGAUCGUCUGUCCGAAUCCAAGAUGCGCAUCCUGGAGUGCGCGCAGGAGGAGAUGCGCGGCCGCGCGCUGCAGGCGUACGUGGAGGUGGGCGAGGACGACGAGGAGCUGGGCCCCGCGCACUGGCCGUCCGUCCAAAAGUUCGUCGCGUACCUUAGGAAGGGAGAAACAGCGGGGACGACCGAUCCGUUCGGCGCGACAAUCAGCGACGAAACGAACGAGAUGUAUGCCAUGCGGAUGAGAGACGCGCGCGUCCGUUUCCUGCGAGGGGUGCAAGCCGCGUAUUGGGACCUGCUCGACCAGGACCGUCUUUCUCAAGUCGAGACCCGCAUCCUCAUCGAGUCCGUCGACUGCGGUCUCGACGACGAAGACGCUCUCGGCGAUUGGGACGAGCUCCGCCCGUAUGUACGCGUCCCCCCUUGGCUGCGCUUCCUGCAGUCGAUCCGCCGCAAUAACCCGUACGUUAACGCGCUCGUCAAUCGGCUGGUUGUUUGCAGUUUGGAGCGCGCGUGCGCGCUCGCGGCGGGGUACCUGCGCGCGCACCACACGGCCAGGAACCAGCUGCAAGAGUUUUUGCGCGACGACUCGUUAACGAACGCGGUCAUCAAGGAGAGCCUGCGGGACGAGAAAGAAGCGCGCGCGUUCCUGGAGGAGGUCGCGCAGACCUUCCCCCAGGUGCUGACGUCAGUCAAGACGCGCCAGGUGGCAUUCCACGUGCUCGGUGACCUCCAAUCCUACAUCGAGGCUUUGGACCAUUCCGGUCUCAUCGACACCAAGGAGAUCGGGCAUCUGCACGACACCGUCCGGCUCGACCUCAAGAAGCUCAAGCGCGCGCCGCUCCUUAUCCGCCCAAAGCAGUCGAUGGGUCUCCUGCGGAACACCCCCCUGGGGAGCCACGUGCCCGUGCAGUUUGAAAACAUGGUCCGGCGGGACGGGAAGGAGCGGACGUUCCUGAAAGGCGCGCCGAUCUAUCGGGAGGGGUCCGCGACACCGGUCGGGGGGGGGGAAGUGCACAUCGUCUACACCGUCGAUGACGUCAGCACCUCGCACGGGGAGCGCCACGUGUCCCACUUUGUGUUGGGCGCCGGCGCGAUUUUGGGCCUGUACGAGGCCCUCGCCGGGAACCGCCGGAAACUGACCACCGCCGUCGCGGAUUCCGUUUGUAUGUGCUACGUUGUUGACCGGAACCGGCUCGCCGAGAUGGUUCGAACCGACGUAUACGUGGCUGAGUUCCUGUGGAAGGAGAGCGCGGUUCUGCUCUGUCGAUUGGUGUUGCCGCGAGCGCUCGCGCACCUGAGCCUCCAGGAGAUCCGAAAGCUCAUCAUGGAGAAAGGGCGUCUCAAGCACUUCGAUCCGGAGGAGGUCGUGCAAAUCCGAUACGACGAGGUUCUCGUGUUGCUCGAGGGUACGCUGCGGAAUGCUGGAGGCCGGUCGCUGAUCGCUCCUAUGGGGCUAGAUCCCGACAUAUCCUCGCUGUUCUCAGGGGCUUUGGAUACCGUUCGCCUGAAGGCGGAGCUGCAGUACGUCGCCGAGACCCCUUCGCGCGUGCUCUUCAUCCCGGUUGGGACCGACCGGGGCGGUACCAACCGGUCACAUGAGCAGCUUCCGGCGACAGCAAAGGGCGACCUCGGCAGCCGCCGGUCCUUCAGCGACAACCAGCUGCUGGCGGCGCCCGGUGACGAUAAGCGGGCGGGUUUGCUGGAUAAGCACCGGCCGACGAGGCAUAAGAGCUCGAUCGAGCUGCCCAUGCUCCCGGCUGACACGUGGCAGGGGCCCGAGGGCGCGAAGGCCGCUGACGUCAUGCCGAAAGUGAAGGUGUCUCCGGCCUCCGAGGUCAAGCGAGCGGAGGAGUCUGGAGUGUUCCUUCCCCGGUCGCACAGUCGGGAGCAAGUGCGACCGUUGGCGGGUUUGGGUGUGAAUAUGCCCCUGAUGAGAAUGAGCUCCAGGGCGAGAUUGUUGGGGGAGCGCAGGGGGGGUGUUGACGAGAGCAAGGAUGAGUUUGACGAUCUGGAGGCGAACGUUGUAGAAGGCGGGGAAGACCUAUUUAAUGACGUAGGGCAGCAUAAAAAGACGUAACCUAUACGGUUAUUUAACCAGGGCCUCUGGAGCAUACAUAUGGUGAGCGUCCACAGAAAUCUCAAGAUCGACAAUUGCUGAAAGAGGUUCGUACUUAAGUGGUCGUAUGCACGACAUGAAGAACCUCUUUAGAAAGGUGACGUGAGAAGGGAGCGUACGUACAUGUUUUUAGGAGAGUCGAGGUUGAGGAGAACAUGGUCAAAUUUGAAAUUUUGACGCCUUUAUUGACG